GCCUGGAGAAUCCCAGGGACAGCAGAGCUUGGUGGGCUGCGUCUUUGGGGUCACACAGAGUCGGACACGACUGAAGCGACUUAGCAUAGCAUCCAUAGCAUUCUGACCAUAGGAACUGGGCCUGUAGUGUAUUCAGGUAUGGUGUCUUAAGGGCUGAAAACCCUAAAUCCUAGUGCAAGAGCUAGUUUAAAUUGUACAGCCUCGAUAACUGAGCUAAGGGAAUCAUGAAACCAUCAUGAUGUCAUGAAAUGCUCAAGAACAAUGAGCACUGUAUAGAAAAGAAUCAUUCAAAGUAAAAUGAAACCCAUAUGAGGAAAUCCAGUGCCAUUAUAUAAUCAACAGACGUAACAAGUAGGAAAUUCCCACCCAAGGAAAUAGAAUUAAUGGAGCAAUCUGAAAUGGAAUUUCAUGUUUGUUUACAAUUUUCAAAAAGAUAAAAGGAGGGAAUAAAAUCCUUAAAAGACAAACAGAAAAUUAUUAACAUGAACAGCCCCAUGAAAAAGAAACAGCUAAAGGGGCCUGACAAUGAAAACUACAGUAAUUGAAGUUCUAAUGCCCAGUAAAUUGCAAAAGCUGUCAACUGGACAAACUGAAAAGAGAAUUUGUGAGUUGAAAGCUAGAAAUGAGACUGAUCACAAAAUGCAGGACAGAAAUGCAGUGUUGGAAACUAGGGAGACAGCAUGGAUUGACAAGGUCCACUCUAGGUCCAAUAGGAACUCUAGAAGAAAGUUGGAAGAGACAGGAAAUAAAGAGAUACUACUAAGAAAUUUCCAGACUUGAAGAAAGACAUAUGCCUUCAGAUUGAAGAAGUUUAUGAAGUGCUGAAUAAAUCGACUUCUAGUUAUAGUAAAAUUACAGAAUGUGAAGGAUAAAGAGGCAGUCUUAAAAACUACGGGAGAGAUUGCCCAAGAUUACCCACGAAAAAUGAUAACCCGAUGAGAAUUGACUUCUCUACAACAAUAGAAGCUGAUAAACUACAGUACAAGUGCUGAGAGAAAGCUGUUGUCAAAGAAGAUUUCUAUAUCCAGCAAAACUCAUUCCAAAGUGAAGAUGAAAUAAAGAACCUUUUUACACAUAUGGAACCUAGGGCAGUGGUCCCCAGCAGUUUUGGCACCAAGGACCAGUUUCAUAUAAGAUGGUUUUUCCAGGGACUGGGAGUGAGGGGAAUGGUUUUAGAAUGAUUCAAGCAUAUUGAAUUUAUUAUUCACUUUACUUCUAAUCUGUGGCAAUCUCAGGCUAUUCUGCCUUGACUUUAGGUUAGGAUUUGUGCUCCCGUGAGAAUCUAAUGCCACUGCUGAUCUGAUAGGAAGCAAAGCUCAGGUGGUCAUGCGCGCAGUGGGGAGCGGCUGCAAAUACAGAUGGAGCUUCACUCACUCACUUGCCCUCUACCAGUCACCUCCUGCUGUGCAACCUGGUUCCUAACAGGGAGUUGGGGACCCCUGACCCACGGUAUCAAGAAUAAAUUUGGAUGAAAGUUACAGACUACCCAACUAAUAGUGGCUAACCAGUAAUAACUAGCAAAAAAAUCUGGGGGUGAAAGAUUCCAGAAUGGCUAAGUGUUUGAUAAUGAUUUAGCAUUUAUGUAAGUCUCACAGUCUCAAGAUGGCCACUUUAGAAGCAGGAAAGGAAGUGGCAGGAGAAAAUGGGCCACCUUGUUUGCUUCUUUUUUUAUCAGGGAAGAAAGUCUUCCCCAGGGACCCUUCUAGAGAAUUCCUCUCAGAUUUCACUGGUCUGUGUACUAGGUCUUAGACUUACUGCUACUUCAGUCACUGGCAGAAAGGGAUCAGAAUCCUGGGACUGGCUUGGACCACCAGCCGUUAUCUCCUGGGACCAAGCAUUUGGUCACAAAGAUUUGCUCACAAAUCUUGGGGUUAUCUUAUUAAGGAAGAUAAGGCAAGGCAUGUUUCCCGUGGAUCUUAGUUCCCUGACUAGGGAUCGAACCUGCAUCCCCUGCAUGGGAAGACACAGUCAUAACCACUGGCCCACCAAGGAAGUCCCCCUUUCUUUUUUUCAUUAUACUUUUGUGGUUAUUCGGAACUGGCUAAAACCCUCCUUUUUCUUGAUUGGAGGGACCAGAGUAAGGUAGCAGUUUUUUUGUUUUGUUUUUUUGGUAGCAGUUUCUUUUGUCUUGUGCAUAAGAUACAUGAUGGCAGCUUUUUCCAAUGGCCAAGGAAGAAGAGGCAGUGGUUGGAUCUUCCACACAUGGUCCUAUGGCAGCGUGUACAAAGCUAUUCAUAAAGAGACCGGUCAGAUUGUUGCUAUUAAGCAAGUUCCUGUGGAAUCAGACCUGCAGGAGAUAAUCAAAGAAAUCUCUAUCAUGCAGCAAUGUGACAGCCCUCAUGUAGUCAAAUAUUACGGCAGUUACUUUAAGAACACAGACUUGUGGAUAGUGAUGGAGUACUGUGGGGCUGGUUCUGUAUCUGAUAUCAUUCGAUUACGAAAUAAAACGUUAACAGAAGAUGAAAUAGCUACAAUAUUACAGUCAACACUUAAGGGACUGGAAUAUCUUCAUUUUAUGAGAAAAAUACACCGAGAUAUCAAAGCAGGAAAUAUUUUGCUCAAUACAGAAGGUCAUGCAAAACUUGCAGAUUUUGGGGUAGCAGGUCAACUUACAGAUACCAUGGCCAAGCGAAAUACAGUGAUAGGAACACCUUUUUGGAUGGCUCCAGAAGUGAUCCAGGAAAUUGGGUACAACUGUGUAGCAGACAUCUGGUCAUUGGGAAUAACAGCCAUAGAAAUGGCUGAAGGAAAGCCUCCAUAUGCUGAUAUCCAUCCAAUGAGGGCCAUCUUCAUGAUUCCUACCAACCCACCCCCCACAUUCCGAAAGCCGGAACUGUGGUCAGAUAGCUUCAUGGAUUUUGUGAAGCAGUGUCUUGUCAAGAGCCCCGAGCAGAGAGCCACAGCCACUCAACUCCUCCAGCACCCGUUUGUCAAGAGUGCCAAAGGAGUGUCCAUACUGCGGGACUUGAUUAAUGAAGCCAUGGACGUGAAGCUGAAACGCCAGGAGGCCCAGCAGCGGGAGGUGGACCAGGAUGAGGAAGAGAACUCUGAGGAGGAUGAGCUAGAUUCUGGCACGAUGGUCCGAGCAGCAGGGGAUGAGAUGGGCACUGUCCGAGUAGCCAGCAGCAUGAGUGACGGGGCCAAUACGAUGAUCGAGCACGAUGACACGUUGCCGUCCCAGCUGGGCACCAUGGUGAUCAACACGGAGGACGAGGAAGAGGAAGGCACGAUGAAAAGAAGGGACGAGACCAUGCAGCCUGCCAGACCGUCGUUCCUUGAAUACUUUGAACAAAAAGAAAAGGAAAAUCAGAUCAACAGCUUCGGCAAGAGUGUCCCUGACCCAUUGCAGAACUCUUCAGAUUGGAAAGUUCCCCAGGAUGGAGACUAUGAAUUCCUGAAGAGUUGGACGGUGGAAGACCUUCAGAAGAGGCUCCUGGCCCUGGACCCUAUGAUGGAGCAGGAGAUUGAGGAGAUCCGGCAGAAGUACCAGUCGAAGCGGCAGCCCAUCCUGGACGCCAUUGAGGCCAAGAAGCGGCGGCAGCAGAACUUCUGAGGGCGGCCCGGCCCCAGGCCGCCAGUGAACUCCGGCUCACUCGCCCCUCCAUCUCGCCUCCCUCCUUUCUCCAGAGCCCCCUCUGUGAACUCAGGAACCAAGAAAGUGCGCCACCGGCCAGGGCUGCAGAGCCAGUCAGCACGCCGCCCUGCUGUGUGUAUUUGAAGUGGACAGGUAUAUAUAUAUCAUUUCCCAGGACUCAUGUGGGCGCUUUGAACCUCAGACUUUCCCACACCAGAACCAGAGACUCCUCGUCGAGUGAGAGCUGGGAAGGUGUCACGUGGUUCUUUGUUUUUCUUCUCCCAGUAGCUUUCAGUGGUUCUUUCUGGAAGACUUUUUUUAAAAAAUAUAUAAAUAUGCACAUAUAUAUAUAAAUUAUAACUAGAUUCCCCACGUGGUGUGGUGGCAUCUCUGUACAGGUACAGUUUUAAAACAGUUGCCUCUUUUCUGUAAGAUGACGGUACUGUGGAACACGAGGGCAGAGGACACCAGGAGGCUGUGGGGGCCCUCCAGCCCCUGGAGCCGGCCUCACCCUCCGGCUGGGCUGUGCUGAACAGAUGAGGUCGGGGUCAGUCCCUUCGCCACGCUUUCAGCCUUACGCGGGCCACCCCUGGCUUCCAGAGCUAUUAGUGAUGUCCUGGGAAAGACAAUUUGCAUUGGCUUUCUGAGUCUCAGGAGAAGCCUGGCGCCCUCCUUGCGAGCUUGGCCUUUGCAGUUUCAACACCCUUCAUCCACCUCCGCUCUCCCAACUGCCCAGAGUCACAGCACAGACACUGCCUAGUGCCUUAAGAGGAGAUGUGAUCCAAGCGAGGGCACAGGCCUACUCGGAACCCCCAGCAAAGUGGGGCUGCAUUCAGUCCGCAAAAGGGGAAAAGGCUUUCCAAGUUCUCGUCAUUCACGUGAAGAGGACACCCAUGGCAUUUUGCUCCAUGUUCCUUACAGACAGGGGUAGGGGGUGUUGCUUUCGUGACCCACAUUCAAACAUGUGACUGUUUUCUUUUCUCAUUUUACUGCUUGGGGUCUGGAAAGGGUAAAUGAAUAUCAGACUAAGAUUUGUCCUCCAGGAGACUCAACCCAGAUGUGUAGGAUGCCAAAGCUGGAAGGGACCAUAUAGAUAUCACCUGGCCUGAUGGCGGCCCAGAGCAGGGAAGUGACAUGGCCCAAAUCACAAAGCAAAUGAAAGGAAGCACUGGGACUGGAUGGUGGGGCCCCUCACUCCUGCUUCACUGGGCCAAGCAGCCCCUUCUCUGAAGGAAGACGCUCAUGUCCAUUUUGGUAAAGUUCCAAGGAACCCUGCUAAUGGGAAUUUGCCUGGCUUUGUCUCUUCAGUAGGCGACUGGCUGUGAAGAGAUUCCCACGGGGAGCCAAGAUCAUUCAGUUUCAGCCAUCCCACAAGCUCUACUGCAUCUGCCGGGUAGCACAUGAGCAUCACACAGGUAGACGCAGAGCCUAAAGCAGGUCAGAGGGUUUUGCAACCGACAGCGCUGAGCCAUCCCUCUGCAGCUUUGGCUCUAGGCCACGUGUCACUUAGUCACAUGGCCAAGAGCAGACAGUUGCGAAAGACAACUGCCUUUUUAUUUUUUAGAACCUCUUCCCCUCAGAUAGGGGAGCCAUGACUGGGUUGCACCUAAGGAUACUGUAAUUUGACUCCAUAGUUGCUCUUGCUGCCCAAACCUGGUAAUCAGUGGAGAGUCAGGGAUGUUCCUCUUCUGUGGCCAGAUUCUGUUCUUUGCAAUGACAGCAAGUUAUUGAAAAGGCAAGAGGCCAUUGCUGGUCUGCAGGGCUUGGCCAGUUAUGCAGCUACUUGGCAGAUACAGAGAACAGAGGAUAAUUUGAGGAUCCUGCUAUAAUAAUAAAUGGCAGCUAGCAAUCAUGACCACUUACUAUAUGCCAGGCACUGAGCUAGGUAGGUAGGCUCUUUAUGUCAGCUCCAACCUCCCCAAUAACUCUGUGAAUUAAGUAUUUUAUCUCCAUUUCAUAGAGGAUGAAGCAAGUUCAGAGAGAAAAAAAGUUCUUUCCAUAGGUGGUACAGCUAGUAAGUGAUAGAAUCAGGAUUCAUAGCAUCACCAUGUAGGACCAGUAUUUACAGGGAAUAGGAAAACCACAAGUCUUUUUUAAAAUUUUAUUUUAUUCACAUAUAGUUGAUUUACAGUGUUUUGUUAGUUCUGCUGUAUAGUAAAGUGACUCAGUUAUACAUCCUUUUUCAUACUCUUUCCCAUUGUAUUUUAUUGCAGGAUAUUGAAUAUAGUUCCCUCUGCUAUACAGUGAGACCUUGUUGUUUAUCCAACAAGCCUUCUUAAAAAUGAAGUGAUCACUUUUCUUGCACAGACUAAAAAACCCAGGCUGGCAUUUUUAGGUUGGGAAACCACUGAAUCAGUCAAAUCUGACAGUCAAGUGAGUUAAAAAACAAAGUAUGGAGCAUGAAUUUCCCUAUACCAUCUGCUGUGCUAAUUAACAGUCCUGCCUCAGUUUCCCUCUCUCUCUCCCUCCCUCCCUCUCUCUGUUUUUUAAAGGAUUUUGCACUUGGCCAGACAGGAGAGGAAUGCCCAUUUUCUCCCUUCCUAAGCUAGAUCCAAGUAAAAGAAGGUUCAGUUUUUCCCCAUAAAUAUUCCUGGGUGAUGAGUCUUGAUCUGAAGUUUAUUUUGUUUCAGCUCCUUGUGUGCAUCCACCAUGCUGGUCCAAAAAGUGCAUUGCUCUCCAGCUGAGCUAGACAGAGCCCUUUGGCCAGAAGUCAAUUUAUUUUGGAUGAGAUAGAUUUUCUGACAAGGUGUGUUUGUUUUUUUAUGCCAGAAGGCAGAGAAGUCAAUCCUAGUCAUUUUUCUCCUUGGAUACUAAAUUCACGAUAGGUCAGUUGGCUUCCUGUAGAGCCCUGAGCUUCAUCAUUUGUGACUCCAGCUUCCACGGGACUCUGGGCCUCUCACUUGUUCUCCCCUAAUUAACAAUGAUCCAGACCUAACUGUGUCUUUUAAAAAUCUCAGAUCCUCCAGUAAUAUCUUUAUUGCUUCCUCAUCAGUAAUUUUGCAGCAAAUUUCUAUUUUUAUUUUUCCUUGUCUGUUCUCCCAGCCACCAGUUGAUAGACAGAUGGACUGGUGGAUAAAUGUUUGGUGUGAUGGAUAGAUAGAUACAGACGACAGACAGAAUCAGUACUCUGAAGCAACUUAAGAACUAUGGCCUUGAUUCCUUGAAGCUGUAAGUUCUGAUCCAGGAAACAUUUAUUUUGCACCUGCUGCCAGAAAUUUAUUAUACCAUUUCAAACUCAAUAGCACUUACUGGUAUCAGGAAGUAGAGAGGUGAUACCAGUAUAGACCCUACAGAUAUUAAAAGGCUAAUAACAAUUUUAUGAACAGCUUAAAUAAAACAGACAAAUUCCUUGAAAGAUACAAAGUACCAAAUCUCACUCAAGGAGAAGGAGAUAAUCUGAACAGCCCAACAUCUACUAAAACUUAAUAUCUCUGAGAUACAGGUAUCUUUGUCCUCAUUUUACAGAAAAGGAAACUGAGGCUCCAAGAGGUAAAGUCUGUUGCUCAAGGUCAGGUAACUAGCAUACAGCAGAGCCAGAGUUCAUAUCCAGGUCUUUCCUUCCAGUGCCGUUUCUAGCAUACCAUGUUGCCUCUAAAGACUGCAGCUCCUUUUUCUUACCUGAAAAUUGUUCCUGCCCAGUGCACAUCCUAUCUGCCAUCUUUCUUAAGCACUGUGUCUGUGUUUUCAUCAGGAUUAUAGUCAUUGUAUUUGGAAUUGAUGUACUUUUUUGUGUUUGGGGGUGGGGGGCAGGGAGAAAAUCUCUUCCACCAGCUUGCACUCGGACCAACUUGGAAAAAAAAAGAAGCUUAAAUGCUGUUGCAGACGUACAACUUAAAAAUGUGAAGUUUGUAGCUUUAACUUUUUGUAACAAAAACUAAUAACACUGGCUUAAGUGCUGACUUGAAAUGCUAUUUUAUAAAGUUUGGAUGUAAAUAAUCAAUUGAGGUCAGCAGUUUGUAUAUGUAUGAGACAUAGCUUCCUCCAUUGCCCUUUUUUUUUUUAAAUUGAGAUGCUUCCUAUGUGCUUUUAUGUUAGAAUUGUUCUCCCUCCUUCCUCCUUCCUCCACUUUGUCACCUUUGUUUUAAAUAAACUGUCCUUUGGACCAGA